UCCACGUUUACCUUGCGGGAUCAAAGAAUGAUAAGUCCCGUUGGUCCCGUUAGAAUCUCUCUCAACAUGCUUCAGACUGAAAGAGGUAAAAAGAGGCGGCCAGUGGAAUGUAAUUUUCCGUAUCAAAAAGUCUAGGAAGCUUAUCAAUUAAGUACGAUAACCGAUAAGUAUUGCCGUUUUUUUCUCAUGGACUUGUGACAUUAAUUGUUAUCAUGAGUCCAAAAACUCAGCAAUCUAAAGUGACUCAACGGCCGAAUGGGGAAUCCAGCGAUGCAAAUACUAAUUGGUGGCUACAGUUCAUGGGAAUUCUUGUCCUCACUGCUGCUACAAGGUUUUACAAAGUGUCAGAGCCUGAACAUGUUUGCUGGGAUGAAACCCAUUUUGGGAAGAUGGGAAGUUGGUACAUAAAUCGAACUUUCUUCUUCGACGUACAUCCACCCCUUGGCAAGAUGCUUAUAGCUCUAUCAGGGUAUCUGACAGGCUACGACGGCAGAUUUCCAUUUGAAAAGCCAGGAGAUAAAUUUGAGGAUACUAAGUAUCUCGGUAUGAGAAUAUUCUGCACGUUCUUGGGUGCUACAAUAGUACCACUUGCCUAUUUGAUUGUCUGGGACCUUACAAAAUCUACAAGGGCAUCUGUACUCUCAGCAAUGUUCAUCCUUCUCGACGUUGGAUUAUUAACAUUAAAUAGGUACAUUCUCCUGGAUCCAAUUCUUCUCUGCUUCAUGAUGUGUGCGACUUGGGGGAUGGCGAGAGUCGGUGCUCACAGGGAUCGAGCGUUCACUAGGCCCUGGUGGGGCUGGCUGAUCUUCACUGGAGUCUCUCUCGCUUGCACCAUUAGCGUAAAAUUCGUGGGACUUUUUGUGGUUCUCCUCGUUGGUCUUUUCACCAUUUAUGAACUGUGGAGGGAACUUGGAGACUUAUCGAAACCUGUUAUCAACGUUGGGAAACAUUUAAUCGCCAGGGCUGUUUGUCUGAUUGUACUACCGAUUAUUCUGUACAUGGUGUUCUUCUAUAUUCAUCUGACAGUGUUGAAUAAAAGUGGCAGUGGCGAUGGUUUUUACUCUUCAGAAUUCCAGUCCCUUCUCCAAGGAAACUCGCUUCACAACGCAACAAUGCCUCGUGAGCUCUCCUACGGAGCCACCAUCACCCUGAAAAAUCACCGUACAGGAGGAGGCUACCUCCACUCUCACUGGCACCUCUACCCCGAGGGAGCCGGUGCCCGUCAGCAGCAGAUCACCACUUAUUCUCACAAGGACGACAACAAUUUCUGGCUCGUAAAAAAAUUUGACACCGAAGAAAUACCCCCAGAGCCAGAACUCGUCAAACAUGGGGAUCUCAUCCGUCUCGAGCACACCAUCACCUCCAGAAACCUUCACUCCCACAAAGAAACUGCUCCGAUCUCCAAAAAACAUUACCAAGUGACAGGAUACGGAGAGAACGGAGUUGGAGACGCCAACGACGUCUGGAAGGUUGUCAUUGAAAACGGAAAGGAAGGAGACGUGGUUCAAACAGUCACAAGUAAAUUGAAGUUCGUGCAUUACCUUCAUCACUGUGUAUUGACCUGUAGUGGCAAGACUCUGCCCAAGUGGGGAUACAGCCAGCAGGAAGUCUCUUGCAAUCCCAACAUGAGAGACAAGAAUGCUCUAUGGAAUAUUGAGGACAACAGAUACUCGAAAUUACCAAACGUCAGUUUUCAAGUGUAUGCCCCAGGAUUUCUAGCAAGAUUCUUGGAGUCACAUGCUGUUAUGCUCCAAGGGAACUCGGAUCUUAAAGUUAAAGAGGGAGAGGUGACCUCCAGGCCCUGGCAGUGGCCGAUCAAUUACAGAGGACAGUUUUUUUCUGGCAGUGAUCAUAGAAUUUAUCUACUUGGUAAUCCUGUCAUUUGGUGGGGGAAUAUUGUUUUCCUUUUUUUGUUUAUUGUCAUCUAUGUUUGGACCUCUGUGAGAGAGCAGAGGGGGUGCGAGGAGGUGGAGAAUGUUUCUGAAGAGAAAGAGAAACUUACGACUGCUGGGAUGUGGCUGUUCAUCGGGUGGAUGCUGCAUUAUCUGCCAUUCUGGGCGAUGGGACGUGUUCUGUACUUCCAUCACUACUUUCCUGCGUUGCUAUAUAAUUCUAUGCUCACUGGGAUCACCUUGAAUUUCAUCCUUGAUAGUCUAUUUUUUGUGUUUCCGGGGAGAGUGGCGAAUGUCGUUUAUCAUGUGGUGCUGGGCAGCGUUCUGUCGUUCACCGUCUACAGUUUUUACCUAUUUGCACCGUUGGCUUAUGGAAUGGACGGUCCGUCUGCCUCAGAUCCAGAGAGUCCACUUCAUGCAUUAAAAUGGCUUGAAUCCUGGGAGUUUUAAAUACUACUCAACAAGCGGAAAAAAUGACUAAAAAGAGAAAACAGAGUGAUAUUUUAAAUAUUUUAUUACUGUUAAUAAAUCCUAUUUUUUAUUGACCAAGAAAA